UCACCCGUCCUAAUCCAUCGUCAAGGCAAUGUAGGGUCCGCGGGGAGCGGCAUUCGGAAGUUUCCCUUCUCCCUGUCCGUCUCCUUCACGUUCUGUUGCCAACUUUCUUUUCUUCAUUCCAGAAGCGAACCUUCCAAACCCUUCCUCCUCUCCUUCUUUGACCCUAUACCUGUAGACGUCCGGGUCAUCAGAAACUUAUCCCACCAUAUCUUCCUCUCUUCUAUCAUGUGAUAGAAAGCCGUUUUUUAAACGGUUAAACCCCAAACCCAGGUCCCCAUCCUCUGACAAAACCUCCUUCAGCGAACGCCGCCAUCGACCAUGUCGGCGGUAUUUUCCUGCGGUCUCGAGUGCGUGGUGUGCGUGGGCUGCGCCCGCUGGGCCUGGCGGCGGUGCACCCACGCCGGCGCCCGCGACAGCGCCGCCUGGCCCCCCGCCUCCCCCGCCGACUUCGCUUCGGUCCCCCGCGCCUGCCGCGCCGUCCUCGCCUCCUACGAGCCCGACCUCGCACGGCCUCGCUGGGCCCCCUCCCGCCCCGGCGGCUACCGCAUGGACCCCGCCGCCGUCGCCAAGCGCACCUCCCACCCCGACACCGCCGGCCGCUGCCCCCCCUACAUGAUCUACCUCGACCACGCCGCCCGUGAGAUCGUCCUCGCCGUUCGCGGCCUCAGCCUCGUCCGUGACGCCGACUACCGCCUCCUCCUCGACGGCCGCCCAGGCUCGCAGCCCUUCGACGGCGGCUACGUCCACCGUGGCCUCCUACAAGCCGCCGUCUGGCUGCUCAACCGCGAGGCCGACACCCUCUGUCGGCUCCUCCGGGAGAACGGGCCGGAUUAUAGCCUCGUGCUCGUCGGGCACUCGCUCGGGGCCGGGGUGGCGGCGCUCAUGGCGGUGGUUGUGGUGAACCACCUCGACCGGUUCGGGGGUAUCCCUAGGAGUCGGAUCAGGUGCUAUGCCAUCGCGCCCGCCAGGUGUAUGUCGUUGAAUCUCGCAGUCAAGUACGCGGAUGUUAUCCACUCCGUAGUGUUGCAGGAUGAUUUUUUGCCAAGAACACCAACACCCUUGGAACAUAUUUUUGGAUCUAUUUUCUGCUUGCCAUGUUUAUUAUUUUUCGUCUGCAUGAGAGAUACAUUUGUAUCAGAAGAUAAAAAGCUUAAAGAUCCAACGAGGCUUUAUGCACCCGGUCGAAUGUAUCACAUUGUCGAGAGAAAAUUUUGCAGAUGUGGAAGAUUCCCUCCUGAGGUGAGAACUGCUAUUCCAGUUGAAGGAAGAUUCGAGCAUAUUGUCCUGUCAUGCAAUGCAAUAUUUGAUCACGGGAUUAUUUGGAUAGAGCGAGAAGCAGAGAAGGCAUUAGAAAUCAUGAAGGAAAGAGCUGAGGAAACUACCCCUCCAACACAGCAAAGGAUGGAGAGACAAUCUCUUGAGAUGGAACACAAGGAUGCACUGGAAAGAGCAAUGGGCUUGAAACUGCUGCAUGAUGUGGCUCCAGCUGAAGAACCCUGUCUUGACAUGGGCCCUUCAACCAGUGAUGAAGGAACUUCGACCAGUGAGUCAGGAUCUAGUGGGAGAACUAAUUGGGAUGAGCUGGUGGAGCAGCUCUUAGAUGACAAUGAAUCUGGGGAUCCUGUCUUGAAAGAAGACCCUAGUUUUAGUUAUAGCAAGUCAGAUCCUUUACUAGAAAGAUGACUUCGAAAUGUUUCUUAUCAGGUAAAACGGAGUUCUGCAUUUCGUUAUUCUUUUCCCAGACAUAGAAUAAUGCUGGUCCAACAAAGUUAGUGAGGCAGUGAUACCUUAGCUGGAGGUCCAACGGUAGGCAUAUAAGCUCAUGUGAUAUCUGUUCUUUGGCAUGCAAGUCAUCCUAACCUUUUGUGUGAGUAAUUUUUUUGCCUUUUAUUGUAUAUAUUUCUCAUUCCAUUGAGCUAAUGAAUGACAUUCAGUUUUUCUGUACUGUGGAAUUGUAAAUAAAAAUUAUGCACUAGAUCUGUACUAUAUUGAUU